GAGUUUGAUCCUAAAAUGUCAUUGUCUUCAUUCUCAACAUGAAAAAUUAGCUCCAAAAGAAACAAAACAUUAUGUGAUCCAUAAGCUGAGGCUUUGUUAACCACAAUAACCAUCUGACAGGUACUCCCCUUCACUCUAUCCACAAUUAAUAGCAGUACAACAGUUAUACUACAUGAUCAAGCAUAGUCAAACAAUCCCUGUUAAGAAAAGUAGAGCAUGGCAGGAGAGUCAGCCUCUCCUUCAGCACUAAAUCAACCAAUAUAAAGACAGAUGAAGAGAUCAAGAGAGCAGCAAACCAUGAAAAGCAUGAGUUUUAGACCGAAAACCUCUCUCUCUCUCUCUUUCUCUCUCUCUCUCUCGCUCUCUCUCUGUCUCUCUCUCAUGUGAAGCCGAUGCUUAGAACGGCAGAAGGAGAAAGCGCUCGGAGAGGAACAAGAGGCAGUGUGCAACUCCUGCGGCUGAGUGCCGGAUGAGGCCGAGAGUCCCAGUGGAACAAGACAAAAUAAAGCUGCAUAGUGUCCCCCAGGAGGCGACUUUUAUGCUCCCUCUCACAUGCCUUGCCUCAGAGAAGGGUGAGUUUAGGAGCUUAAUCUAAUCGCGGCGAAGAGUUUGCAUGUGUAAAUGAUCGGAAAUUUAAGGAAUAAUCGGAGCGCCGGUUUCGUGUCCUCUGACAUUCCUUUCGUCCCGUACGAAUGACGACUUCGCGAGCGUCUUUAUGUCUCCAAGGAGAACUUGGAUAUGUUCCCUCUCGAUUAUGAUUGAUUGAAGUAAAUUUUCGGGGUUUUGAGCUACUGCUGAACGGGGGAAGUAGUGAUCAGAUACGAUAGCAAAGUGUUGUGAUUCAUUUGACGGUUGACAUUGUGGAAUGGACCAUCGGGGUUGGCUUUUGAGACGCAAAUCAUCAGAGAAGAGCCCGGACGAGACUGAGAGUCCAGGAUCAGCUUCCUCUCAUUCUGAAAAUUACUCUGAUGACCAGGAAGCACUGAGGUCUUCUCCAAAUGAUGCUUCAGUUGACCAUGCCCAAUCGUCAGAAGUUUCAUCCAGUACUUAUGAUGGUGAAGUUAUUCAAACUGUUAAGAGAUUGACUGAGAAAUUAUCAGCUGCUCUUCUGAACAUCAGUGCUAAAGAGGAUCUUGUCAAUCAGCAUGCUAAAGUUGCAGAAGAUGCUGUUUCAGGCUGGGAACAGGCAGAAUCUGAGGUUGCAGUCGUAAAGCAUCAUCUUGAAAUUGCACUCCAGAAUAACGCUGCCCUUGAAGAAAAAAAUAGCCAACUUGACGGGGCCCUCAAGGAAUGUGUCAAACAGCUCCAUCAAUUGGAGGAUAGAGAGGAGAAGACAUGUGAGUGGGAAUCUGAGAAGCAUGAGCUUGAAAAACAACUCAUGGAACUCAAAGCACAGCUUCAAGCUGGAAAGACUGAUCAUGUAAUACUUGAUCGUGGACUUCAGACUAGAGUUGAAGCUGUUGAGAAAGAAAAUACAGCUCUGAAGAUUGAGCUCCGCUCUCAAUCUGAAGAUCUCCAGGUUUUAUUGCUAGAGAGGGAGCUAAGCAACAAAGCAGCAGAAACAGCUAGCAAGCAACACUUAGAGAGCAUAAAGAAAGUCACUAAACUUGAAGCUGAAUGUCAUCGAUUACAGAGUAUAAACCAUAGGUUGUCAUCAGUAAGCAAUCACAAGCCAGUUGCGAGCUCAGUUUGUGUGGGAUCUUCCCCUGACAGUCAAGCAGAUAGUGGAGAACGUUUGUUUGGUAUAGAUAGUGAAACGAGCUGCGCAGAUUCAUGGGCAUCUUCUUUAAUUGCAGAACUUGAUCAGUUCAAGAGUGAGAAAGCAAGAUCAAGAAACCUCAACACAUCUGUAGAGAUUGAGCUUAUGGAUGAUUUCCUUGAGAUGGAGAGACUCGUUGCUUUGCCCGAGAUCGUUCAUGGAAAUGUUGCCUUUAAGCCAGAAACUCAGUAUGACCAAGUUGUUAGAAGAGUCAGCCCCCUAAAAAUCAAAAAUGAAAUUAUGAAUAAAAAAAUAGUUGAAUUAGAAGAAAAAGUUGAGUGGCUGGAACAUGAGAAAGGAGAAUUGGAGAUAGCUUUGUCCCAAUCACAUACUGAGAGAUCUUGCAAUCUGCUGGCAGCAGCUGAAAAUAAAAUAGUUGAACUGCAAACAAAGAUAGAUUUGUCAACAAGUGAAGUCAUGGAUUUGGAGGGAAAGCAGAAGGAACUGGAGACUGAGUUAGAGUCAGCACACUCAGAAAAUGGAAAGCUCUGCGAGAAGGUAUCCUUCUUUCAAGAAAGUUUUGAGGCUGAGAGAUUAUUGUCUGCUGAAUUUAAAGCUAGGAUAGAGAUUGCUGAGGCUGCUAGACAGGCACUGGACUCUCAGCUCAAGUCAGCUCAGCUAGAAAUCAGUAAUCUAAAAGAGACAGUUGGACUAAUAGAAUGCCAGGUCAUAGAGGGUAGAGCAUUUUCUUCAGCAUUGACAGCCAAAAAAGAGGCUUUGGAGGCAAAAGGAAAGGCAAUGGCAUCUCAGCUUGAGCAUGCAAAUUCAGAAGUUUGGAGACUACAGGAGAAGGUUGACUUCUGGGAACUGAAAGCUGAGGAGAAGACAAAAUUAGCUGCUGAAUUUGCCAUUCAAGUAGAAGCCGCUGAGGCAGCAAGAAAGAAACUGGAGGUUGAUCUCAAGUCAGCACAUGAGUUUGCCACCAAAGUGGAUGCUGCAGACGCAGCAAAAAAAACACUGGAAAUCCAACUUGCAUCAGCACAUAUGGACGUCGUGAAGCUGAGUGGCAAUGUGGUCUUGUUGAAAGGAAAAAUUGAAGAGGAAAGAGCAUCGUCUGCAGAAUUUGCAGCCAGGUGUCAUAAAUUGGAGGGUGAUUUGUUGAGGAUGAAACGAGAAGCUGAUUUAUGGAGAGUUGCAAAGUCCAACCGGGAAAUUAAAAUAAAGCAGGAGAAAGAACUUGCCAUGGCUGCUGGGAAAUUGGAAGAAUGCCAGAAGACGAUCGCUUCCCUGAGCCGACAGUUGAAAUCAUUGACAACUUUGGAUGACUUCAUGAUUGGAGACGAGAGGCCAGAACAUAACAUAUUCUUGCAACAUCCUAAUGGUGACGAAGCCAAAGAUUUAGAGAUAAUAGGCAGCUGUACUGUCUCCAAUGGCAGAGAAAGGAGUUCCCGUCAGUCUUCGGCACUCCCUUUUUUCUCUUCUUCAUCCUCAAAUUUCUCUGGGUUCAUGAGAACAUUAUCUCGUAGUAGGAGCAUCACUCGCUAGAACUACUAGAAAAUAGUAUCUUGGAACUUUAGAUAAUUUUGUUGUUCGAUACAUCAAAUGAAUGAUUGUUUUUUGGGGCUCGUGGUUACUGGAUUUUUUUUUUUUCUUCUGAUUCAAUCAGCAAUUAAUGGGUUCUUUCUUUUACUUGAACACACAGGUUUACCAGCGGACAUUGUAUUUGGAGAAUUUAUGUUAAGACAUUAUAUUUGUGUAUUACUUCAGAUUUGUUACUGUCAUUGUAUUUGGAGAAUUGAUGAGUGAUCUCUCUUUUCCAGUGGU